AUGUCUGCAUUCUCUCGAACCCCUACUCUUACUCCCAGCAGAUCACCGUCCCCUCAGCCUCCAGUACAGCCGGACCACUUCUAUGGAGCUCAGGACACGCAGCUGCCCCCUUCACCUGACUCGGAUGGAAAGACCUGGCUCGACCCUGAAAGCGACCCACUGGCUCAUCGUGGUAUACCAGUGUUCAAGCCAACAAUGGCCGAGUUUCAAGACUUUGAGGGUUACGUGUCGAAGAUAGAGUGUUGGGGCUCAAGGAGUGGCAUUGUGAAAGUCAUUCCACCGAAGGAGUGGACCAAUGCACUCCCCUCUCUUCUACCACAGCUCCAAAAUGUGAAGAUUCAGACACCCAUAGAGCAGCAUAUGCUCGGUAGCGGAGGUCUCUUCCGUCAAGAGAACAUGGAGAAGCGGAAAGUCAUGAGCGUUCGGGAAUGGGUGGAACUCUGUGGCAAGGAAGAGUUCCGUGCUCCUGGGGUGCAGGACGUUGGCUUGCAUGCUCGCAGUGCUAAUUCAGGCGCAAAGGCAUCUGCAAAACCCAAAGCGAGGAAAGGGAGAAAGAAAGAGGCGGUUAAAGCCGAGUCUGCCGGACCGGUGAUGAACGACGUCGUGAUCAAGGAAGAGCCUGUCGACGAUUAUCACCUACCCGCUGGCCCCAGCACUAAACAUACCGUCGCAUCACCUCCAAACAGUGAUCGCGCCGCUCCCUCUCCGAUAGCCACUGAUGAUGAGCCCAAGGCCAAAGCGAAGCCAAAGGCGAAGGGUGGCAGGCGUGCGCCCCAGACGCGAGAGACUCGUGAGGCGAAUCUAGCCGAACGUGCGGCUCGUGAUGGUGAAUUUCUUGAAACUUUUGCACCCCACAAAGACUGGCUUCCAGCCAACACGAAGCCCAGUGACUAUACCCGCGGCUUUUGCCAGAAGCUUGAGCGUCAAUAUUGGAGAAACUGUGGUCUGGGAAAACCAGCAUGGUAUGGCGCUGAUACCCAAGGCUCGCUAUACACCGAUGCAACGACGGCUUGGAAUGUCGGGCAUCUGCCGUCAACCCUAACUCGCUUGUUACCAUCUUCAGACCAGGGUCUUCCGGGCGUGAACACUCCGUAUCUGUACUUUGGCAUGUGGAGGGCUACUUUCGCCUGGCACGUUGAGGAUAUGGACUUGUUCAGUAUCAAUUACAUCCAUUUCGGUGCACCCAAGUUCUGGUAUGCUAUACCACAAGGCAGAGCAGGUGCUAUGGAGCAAACUAUGAGGGGUUAUUUCCCCAAAGAUACAUCCGCAUGUCCCCAAUUUCUUCGCCAUAAAUCCUUCCUUGCUUCCCCCACCCUCCUGGCGCAAUCUUCAUGCCGACCAAACUUUCUUGUACAACAAACUGGGGAAUUCGUCAUCACUUUCCCAAGGGGCUACCACGCCGGUUUCAACCUUGGUCUGAAUUGUGCCGAGAGUGUAAAUUUUGCGUUAGACAGCUGGCUUGAGCUAGGUCGACGGGCGAAGGCUUGCGAAUGUAUCAGCGAUAGUGUUCGCAUCGACGUUGAUCAACUACUGCACGAUAGAGCCGAAGAGGCAGCGGAAUCUGCAAAUCCACCUAGGUUCAAUAAGCAAAUGCGGUCGCCCAAGAAAGAUGCAAUUAAAAAAGAAGUCGUAAACGAUGUAAUCCCACCAUUGAAGAUAUCUCGCAAACGCAAGUCGGAAUCUAAGGACGAAGCUCCAAAAUUGAAAAAACUCAAAAUCAAGGCUUCUGCAACGAAAGCUGCUCCUUCGAUUACGAUCAAGGCCCCUGCACCAAAACUGUCUGUUACUUUGAAGUUGGGUCCAAGGCCUGCAGAGCUAGAGCCCUUUCCGUGCUGUUUAUGUGUCUCGAUGGACAAGGAGGGUUUGCUCAGGGUACAAGAUCCUCCCAUUGGAAGAAAGGAAGCCGUCGAUGCUGCUACUAACCCCAAGGUCUGGAUGGCGCACGACUACUGUGCCUCUAUCAUACCCGAGACCUGGGUUGACGAGAUUGACGCUCCCGAUGGGUCAAAGGAGCUUGUGGUAUUCGGGGUUGACGGUAUUGUGAAAGACCGAUGGAAUUUGAAAUGUUCUUCAUGCACUAAGAAUCGUCCAAAGGCUCAUGGCGCCCCUGUUCAAUGUACAAAGGGGAAAUGUCCCAAAGCUUUCCACGUCUCUUGCGCGAAGGAUGGAGGUGAGAAUGGAAUUGUUUUCAAUGUCGUUAGGGAGGUCGAAAAGGAGGUCGUUCUCCUCCGGCCUAACCCUGAUGAUAUGCGCGUCGACUCAUCUUCCGCUCCGAACGGUGCGGCUGUCGAAUCGCAAGCGUCUGGUUCCCUCGUUCUGAAGAUCAUCAAGAAACUCGAUGUGCAGAUUCUUUGCACACAACAUAACCCGGCUGUGGCUGCUCAGAAGAAAGCCAGCAAGCAAGAUAAGAUCAAGAACGAUCUCUUGGCUCUCCCCAGCAUGGCACGUAUUAAGAUUCGUGUUAGCGCUGGCGUGUUCGAGGUGUCUCUCAUAAGAGUCAUAGAGGAGGCGGGUUCCGUUGAGGUAUUAUGGGAUCGAGGCAUCAAGAGAGAGUUUAAGUGGGGAAGUGUCGUUUUCGGAAGCACGGAUGGACCUGUGUUGCAAAAGCCAUCCGAGGUUGCUCCUGGACCUGAGCGCCCGUUGGUGGCAGCUACGAGCGGUCGAUCUACCCCAGCUGGGACUUCAUCUAGCCAAGGGGUGGGACAAACUAACCUUGGUAACCGCUACACUGCCGCGUCAUCGCUUCCUUAUGUUCCUCCACGUGCUGGCACCUAUGAUUACUGGACCUACUCUUCUCAACAAGCCCAGUAUGCAGCGGCACAGUCUGCAUAUGGAUAUUCGUACAACGGCUAUUACCCUACCCCAGUAGCAGGUGGAUCUCAGGGCUACAACCCGUAUAGCUAUGCCCAAAACUACACACCGUCGCAGUAUCGGGAAGCUCAGUUGAAUUGGCAGCAACCCUAUCAAGGCCCACAGGGCCAUGCUGGCAGCUCUCAAACGCAAGACUGUUAUCGCAUGGGGGCGAGCCACCAGCAGAUGACCCAGCCUCCGUCUUCAACGCGACCCCCCAGCAGCACUGUGCCUGGUCAACUUUCGACAUUGAAUCAAACCUCAGCCUCUUCCUCUUCCACUUCCGAUCCACGACUUAAUAACUUAUCGCAGCAGCAGCAAGUAUCAGCAGUUCCUUGCAUCCACCAAGGCGCGCAACCAACAGUAGCGAUGUCGACUGCGCCGCCCACGUCUGCACCCACAGUCGUUCCAACCUCAGUCACAUCGCAGGAGGCGUCUGCGUACCAAGAUCUCGCUGCAUUGUCCUCUUUGCAACCUUCGCAGAUUGCUGAAAUCCUACGCAAUAACCCACAACUGAGGGACAUCGUCUGGGCUGCUGUUGAUCAAUCGAAAAGGAAUAGCGCUGGUGUGGCGUAG